UAUUAAAGCUAAUAUUAACUCUACAUUUGAAUUCAGAGAGUGAGUUACAUUUUUACGACUGUUUGGGGAAAUAUCACUUAAAGUUUUUUCAACAUUCUGUCCACAUUUUACGAAGAUUAAAGAUAAAAUGCAAUAAGUUACUUUAUCCCUCGGAGGAUGUUUUAAAAUGCAGUACAUAUUGCAUUAUACAUGAAGGCCAUGAAGCAUUUCUGAAAAAAAAUCAGCAAGCAAUGUAAAUGACAGGGGAAUGCGUAUAUAUAAACUUGUUUACAUUCACGUGAAUCAGUCUUCACACUUAUUUAGAUCAUUGCACAGUGCUGUUAAAAUCGUAUUGUUCUCUAAUAGUGUAGUUUUACAAAGUUUGCAAGAAAAAAAAUGUUUGUUACUUGGAAAAUGUAUGCUACAAUAUUUGCUUUUGCAUUUGUAGCUGUAUACGUUGCAGCUGAAAUACCUUCCUAUAUUCACGUAUGCGGUCGCAGAGAUCCAAAAAUCGAUCAGUGCAUCUUGAACAACGUUAAUAAUUUGAAAAGUAAAAUCUGCCAGGGAAUACCAGAACUGGAUGUUCCAUCAAAUGAUCCAUUUGUGAUUGACACUCUGGCCCUUACCAAUACAUCUGACAUAAAAUUGUAUAUCAGAAAUGCACAAUUAACGGGUCUAUGUGAUUUCAAGAUAAAUAAUUUUAGUAUAAACAUUGAUACUCUUCAUUACAAUUUUGAAAUUCUAUUCGAUCAGUUACGGGCAAACACCACUUAUGACUUUGAAAUACGUUUAUUAGUCCCCGUUGUACAUCAGGGACAGCUUUACAUUACUUCGGAUAAUGUAGGAGCAAACGUAACCUUAGACUUCAAUGUAGUAACCAAAAGAGGCCAAAAGUACACGUACUUGGCAAAGAUAAAAAUAAAUUUUAACAUAAAAGGAUACACCGCCAAAUACGAUGCGGACGAAGAGCGAUAUGGUCAACUGCGUGAAAUUAUUCGUGACUUUAUCGGCCGGAAUCAAAAAGAGAUUAUAAGCAGUCUUAAACCAACGCUAGAAGAGAUAAUCUCCAGACAAAUCGUGUUACUAGCCAAUAACAUAGUUAAACAUUUUACUUACGACGAGCUCUUUCCUGAUCGAAUAUAAAUCAUAUAAGAUUUUAUAAAUAUCCAUUAUCGAAAGACUUAAUUCAUUUUAAUCUAUUUUAAUCUGUUUUAAUAAAAAGAUUACGAUGCUUUAGAAUCAACUGUUAUACAGUCUUUCGAUAAUGGAUAUUUAUAAAAUUAAAAGUAAUUGCUUGGAUAUGAUGUACAUAUGUACAUAUGUAUAUGUAUAUUGUAAUAUUAGAAGAACUAACGUUAAAUACUGUAUUACAAUCUGAGAUAAUUUUAAAGAAGACGUAUAUACAAAUGAAAUAUACAUUGUAUACAUGUAUUUUGUAUUUACAUGCAUCUUUUAAGAGUAUUUUGUAUGUUGUAUUUAAAUACCUUUUGGAGAGUAUUUUGUAUUCUGAACUUUAUUUGUAGAUAAUUUAAACUAAGUAUGUAAAAAAUUUUUUUAUAAAAGCUAAAACCGCACCAUUGUUGACUCAAUCUAACGUUAUGUUAUGUUUGAGCCAUGCCAGUCAUUAGGAAGAAAAUAAAUUACACAUAAUCAUCUA